GCGGCGAUGACAAGCGGCUGCUCUGCCCACGGAGCGUCCCCCGUUCCUGCGUGGGCGCCCCACGCCCCUGCGCCGCCGGGCUGCGCCCAGCCCCCGGGAGCGGCCGAGACCGCCCCGCGCGAGCGGAGAGCGGCUGCAGCCCCGGCCCGGGCUCCGGGAGAAGCGGGGGGCGAGAUGUCUGCGGGGGUCGCCGCUGCCCAGGUGCCAGUGACAUUUGAAGAUGUUGCUGUCCGGUUCUCCGCAGAGGAGUGGCAGAUCCUGGAGGGAUGGCAGAAGGAGCUUCAUAAGGAAGUGAUGGAGGAGAAUUACCAGUUGCUGAUCUCGCUAGGUCAGCCGGUUCCCACGCUGGCUCUUCUGGCCCUGGUUGCGGAGCGGGAGGCUGCUGGCGGCCAGAUCUGCGGCAUCUCCGGAGAGCGAGAGCGAGAACUCGCCAGCGACAGCGGCAGCUCGGAGGGUGUAGAACUGGCCUUUCCAGAGGAUGACCCAGAUGUGGGUGGAUUCUGGGACUCAGGGCAAACAGAAGAGGACGGGUGCCCCACAGGGGAUGAGGAAGGAGCGCGUCAGGGCAGCCUGCACCUUAGCGCGCUGAUGAAGCUGGUGAAGGAAAUCCCAGAAUUUCUUUUGGGGAAUUCAAAGGCCACUGUGGAGCCAGCUGAGGCUGCUGAUAGUGACGCUGAGAUGGGCUCUGAGAGGGCGUUUGCUGAUGUUAAACCAGAAGUAACUCCAGAGACUCCACCUCCCCUUGGCCUGGAGAACUGUUUAGGGGAAGUAUCUGUCAAUAGACCCAGUCAUCCCGACACACCGAGCAGCUGCGUGUCCACCAGCAGCACAGAAGGGGCUUCGCUUAGGAGACUGUAUGCAGAAGUGGCUCCAGAGAACAGCCCCCUCCAAGGUCUGCUGAACUGCCUGAAGGAAAUUCCCAUCCACAGACCCCGUUACCCCAACAUGCAGAGCCCCGGCGCACCAGGAGACGUGGAACACAAGAGAGUGAGGGGGGAGGUGAAAAGCUUAUGUGCUGCAGUUAAAACAGAAGUCACGACAGAGAGUUCCCCCAUCCAGGGGCUGACGCCUCUCGCUGUAAAGAGGCCCAGUUAUCCAAGCACCCCAACCAGCAGCUCGUCUACCAGCAGCGCACAAGGGGAUGUGGAAGACAGGAGGCUGGAGCUGGGGCUUUGGAGAUGUUCUCAUGAAGCGGGGACAGCAGAGAAUAGCCCCCUCCAAGGCCUGCUAAACUGUCUGAAGGAAAUAAUUGUUCAUAAGCCCCGUCAUCCCCACCCAUCGCCCUGCAAAUCGGCCAAGGGCAGCACGCGAGGAGACCCAGGGCAGAGGAGGCUGGAGGGCGAGGAUGGGAGCUCGUCUGUAGGAGUGAAAACAGAAGUAACCGCGGAGGAUCCACAGGACCCCGGCUGGGAGAGCUGCCCCCCAGCCAGGCCUGUGAGGAAAGCCAGCCCUCCUGCCACGCCGUCCAGCCGCGCCCCCCGUAGCAGGGCGGAAGGAGAGGCCGGGGGUAGGAGCCUAUUUGGUGAAGGAGCUGUUAAAAGGGAAGGAGCUGCGGAGAGCUCCCCCGCCCAGGGCCUGCUGAGCUGCUGGGGAGACGUGACCAGCCCCUGUCCUCCCGCCUGGCCAGCCUGCAGCUCCUCCACCAGCAGCGCCCACCGGGGGGCGGAGCAGAGGGGGCUGGAGCCGGGGCCCUGGCGCAGUCCUGGGGAAGAGGCGGCGCUGGAGGACUCCCCGCUGCGCGGCCUGGAGAACUGCCUGAAGGACAUCGCUAUGACCAGCCCCCGUUGCUCCCACCCGCCCGCCAGCCGCGGCGCGCAGAGAGCCCUGGGGGAGAGGCCAGGGCGCGGAGCUGGGAGCCGGUCCGCCGAAGAAGCAGCGACAGAGGAUUCCCCCCUGCGUGGCCUGCUGAGCUGUGUGACCGGCAUGGCCGUACCCUCCCCCCAGCAUCCCAGCCUGCCGACCUGCAGCGCCUCGGCCAGCGGCACCGAGCGGGAGACGGAGACGGGGGGAGUGGAGGCCGGGCUCUGGAACUCGUCCGCUGCAGAGAUGACGCCAAGGACCAGCCUCCUCCAUGACCUGGCGAACUGCCUGCAGGAAACACCUGUCAGUACAUCCUGGGCUUCCCGAGUGCUGGCCCACAAUGCAGGAGCAGAUGUGUCCCCGAGGAGACCUGCGAUGGGCAUGGUGCGGAGCUGGUGUGGAGAGGACAUCAGCACGGAGACCUCGCCCCUCCGCGGGCUGGAGAACUGCCUGAGGGACAUCCCAGUAAAUAGCCCCCACAUGCCAGCCAGCAGCGCCUUGGCCAGCCCCACGCAGAGAGACAUGGGACAGAGGAGGCCGGGGGCCGGGGCAAGGAGAUCACUUGGAGAAGACGUCAGUGCAGAGAAUUCACCGCUGCGAGGCCUGGAGAACUGCCUGAAGGACAUCCCUGUACCGUGCCGUAGUCAGUCCAAUACCCCAGGCAGCCGCUCCUCUCUGAGCAGCUCACCGGCUCCGCGGGGCAGACUGGAGACAGCGGGGUGGCCAGUGAAAACAGAAGCAGGGGCCGUCUCAGAGGUCACGCCACCCCUCCAAGGCCUGGAGAACUGUCUGAAGGACAUUGCCAUGGCCAGGCCCAGGGGCUCCAGUGCAACUAGUUCCUUCUGCACCAGCAAAGCCCCGGGAGAGGGGGAGCAGAGACCGGUGCCGAGGCCCUGGGGAGCAUGCGCGGCAGCAGCUAGUGCGGAGAGCUCCCCCCUCUACGGAUGGCUGAACGGCUUGAAGGAAAUACCCGCCGGCCGGCCACGCUAUGCCAGCGUCCCGUCUGGCUACUCCUCCAGCAGCAGUGCCGACGGGGAGAGGGCCCCGUGGGGCGCCGGGCCGGGGGCGUGGAGGUGGGGCAGUGAAGAACUGAGCCCCGAGAACUCCCCUCUCCGAGGCCUGGAGAAGUGCCUGCAGGAGAUCUCGGCGCCCCGGCCCCGGACCCCCAGCGCCCCAGCCCCAGCCGCUGUGGUGGGCAGCCGGCAAGGAGAGAUGGGGCAUUGGGACUGGCACGGUGCAGCUACAGUCAGCGCCCGUGUCCUCGGCCCAGAGAGCUGUCUGAAGGCUCUGCCUGGAACCAGACCCAGUCACGCCGGCCGUUCGUCUCCCCACAGCACAGCGGGAUGCAGCAGCCCAGAGGCUGGGAUUUCGAGAUUUCGGGCUGAAGACAAAAGGCAAGUGGAAAACCUCCCAGGCCUGGAGGAAGUAGCAGCACCCAGCCCCUGUCCUGCCCAGGCCCCUCCCCGCAGCGCUCGGGGAGAUGCGGAGCGGCGGGAAUGGGACGUACACGUGAGGAGCUCUGGGAGCAGAGAAGUGACGGCAGGGAGCUCGCCCCUGCCCAGGCUGAACGGUGUGAAAGAGCUCGCUGCCGACAGAGCAACGCCUUCCUCACCGCCUGCCCGCGCUGCGCAGGGAGACGUGGCGCUGCAGGGAGCAGAGAGCAGGGGGAGGACGCUGUCCGAGGAAGACAGUGCGGCCGAGAGUGCCCAUCUCCCAGGCCUGGAGCCUUGCUGGGGCGCAGUGCCUGUGAGCCGACGCAGCUGGGCCAGCACCCCCCUCGGCACGUCCUCCAGCCGCAGCCCACGCGGGGCCGGGGGGGAGAGGGGUCCACGGCCAGGGCUUUGCAGGCGGCACAGAGAAGAAGUGCUGCCAGCUGACGCCCCUCGCUAUGGCCCCGCGACCUGCCCACAGGAAACCCAUGGAACUGGGCCCGGUCGUUCCAGCACGCCGAGCGGUACCUCGCCUGCCCGCGAUGCCCCGGGCCACAGGCAUCCUAGGAGACCAGGGACAUGGGUUAAGAGACCACACACUGAAGCCAGGACAGAUGCUGCCCGACCCCCGAGCACCGGCUCCUGCACUUCUAGUGAAGAUGGUGGACAAAAGGCAGAUGCCGAGUGGGAGGAAUUUCCCAAGAGACAUUGCUCCAGCGCAGCGCCAUCUCCCUGGGCGUGCUGCGGCUGGGAGAGCGGGAUGCCCCUGGACCUCAGGGUGGAGAGGAGCGCGAUCGAGGUCGUCCUCUCGGAGAAGCUGGACCGGGUCUCCCAGGAUUUCGCGGCCAUGUGCAGGGAUGUGUCAAGCAUGCAGAGCCGCGUGGCCCAGCUGGAGCGGGACUCGAGGGGCUGGACUCUCGAGCUGGCUGCCCUCCAGAAAGGCAACAAGUGCCUGAGUGAGACCAUCCGGCGGCUGGAGAGCCGCUGCCACGUGCUGGAGAACCGCGCCCGCCGCAACAGCCUGCGGCUGGUGGGCCUGCCGGAGGGGGCGGAAGGGGGAGACCCCGUCGCUUUCCUGCAGAGGACCCUGCCCACGAUGCUCAACCUGCCGGCGGACUGGCCACCCCUGGAGAUCGAGAGUGCGCGCCGCGUGCACGGGGGGGCGCGCUGGGACCCUGCCACCCGGCCCCAGGCGCUGCUCUUCCGCCUGCUGCGCUUCUCCGACAAGCUGGCCAUCAUGCGCGCGGUCCGGAAACGCGCAGAGCCCCUGACCUGCGGCGGCGCCAGGGUCGCCCUCUUCCCGGACGUCUGCCCCAAGCUGUGCCGGAGGAGGGCGGCGCGGCACGCGGCCGUCAGGAGGCCGUGGCGGGCGGCGGAGCUCCGCUUGGGCACUCAGCCCUCCGGCUGCUGCCACGGCCGGGCACGAGGACACGGGGAGCCGCUGCCCAGCCCCCCAGGGCGCGCGCCCGCUGCAGACGAACAGGGGAGCAGAGUCACCAAAGGGCAGUGACAGAGAGGGGGGGACUUGGAGCUGCUGGCUCCGCUCACCCCCCUUUGAGUCACAGGGUCCGUCUCCAUUCUGCCCCGGAGACCACAGCACCCCCUGGGUCCGGCCUGGAGCUCUCCGGUUCCCUGACUGCACUCGGCUGUGUGAUUCAAGCAUGUCCGUGUGUCCCCUCCGUGCUGUGCACCUGCUCUGCUCUGCUCACAGGCUGGGGGGCCCCGGGAACUGCAGAGCGAUAGCGACUCGGCCGUUCUCGGGGCCGGCACUGCGGGGAGCCCUGGUAUUGUAACAGGUGAGAUGGCAUCAGAGCCGCGUGUUAGCGAGUGCGCAGGGAGCCGACCGGGUGCUAGGCAGUCUGGGGGGCAGGGGUCUGGGCUAGGGUCAGGCACUCGGAUUUGCUUUGCUCCCCCUGACAAUUGCUCCUGGCCAGCGGGGGAGAAAUUUGACAUUUCCCCGUUUUCCCCCUGUCUGUCGCCACUGUUCAAGCCGGUGUCUUUUCUGUCCAGCGUCUAACCUGCUCCUGACCCUGGACGAGUCGCACACGCUGCUACAUCUUGGCAGCAGGUCCCAGGGAAGAGCCUUCAGAUGCCCGGCCUGUGCGUGCAGGGGCAGAAACCUUCCUGGUGCAUCUCACUCACGGGGCUGUUGUCAGAGUACAGGCUGCCCAGCUCCCUACUCUCCUCUCCCACUCCCCAGGCAUCUCCCGGCACUCCGGAGAGUUUCUGGUUUUUCGGCACAGGGAGAAGCUGCCAGAUUUGGCGCCCUCUGCACCCAGACAGGUCCCACCCCCCACCUGCAUGAGCCUUGCCUUGGCGGGACCAUCUCUGAGCGCAGGGGGAAGUUCAUUCUCAGUGGCCUCCUUCCUCCCCACUCUGGCCAAGACUACAAACCAAGGGACCGAAGGCUCGAUCCUGCCAGGUGCUGAGCACUCCAGCCCCGCUGCAGCUAGGCAUGUGAGCUUGUGCUUAGCUUUAAGCACCUGGGUAACCCCUCUGAAGUCGGUGCUUUCCUGGAUCGAGGUCUGAGUGCUCAGUGCUGCAGGAUUGAGCCCACCCACUCCAUACCCAGCUGCACCCGCCAACUCUCCCAACAGCCAUCUGUGUGCGAUCGGAGCUGGAUUUGAAGUGGAGACCUGCAGCGAAAGGCUCCUGCACCCGUAACUAGGUCUCCUGUGCCCUAAUCUCACGCUGAGCUCAUCUCAAUAGGCCCCGAUCACUUCAGUGUCCAAGUGCCGAUCUCCCAACAGAGAGUUUCUUUAUUAAAUGUAUUUCCAAGCUGUCCUGUCUGUGCAGCCCCGUCCUGCGUGUAAAGCACAGGGCUGAGCAGUGAGGCUGAAUGCAGACUGGAGCUAGGCAGGACUACGGUAGAGGAUGUGCCGUGUAUCGGGCCAGGCAGCCCUGUGAGUGGUUGCCUGGACGAUCCCAGCAUUUUAAGAGUUAAUCGGUACAAUGAAUCCUGCUGAACAGAAGUGACAGGUGCCUCCCUGGAGCCGUAUUUAUUAAAUUCCCUAAGCUGGCCCCAGGUCCCAGCCAAAAUUUACUGGUGCUGGAAUUUCUUUGUCUUCAAGACGCCGUCUGCCUAUUCCCACUGGGCAGCUCAAAGACGUCUGGUUACAGGUGGGUCACCUUCCGGUACCCACACCUGCCACUUGAGUUCGCCCCCACGCCCAGCUCUGCCAGGUAUUGCACCGGGGCCUGCUUUUCCGUGCUGGGCGGUGGCUGCUCUGCAGCAGAAGAGCGCUAACCCUGCUGGCUGCCCCGUCAGGCUAAGCUUUGCUCUACCUUGGUGGCCCUACUCAGUAGCCACGGGGCACUGGGAGCCUGAUUCUGAGCUCUUAGCAGUGCAAUCAGGAGUGACUCCGCCAUCAGGAGCGGAGCCGGGCUGGAAGCGGGAGUGACGCUGCCGGCGCUCCAGGCUGGAAUCAGGAGUGACGCCAGCGGGAGCGGAGCUGGGCUGGAAGCAGGAGCGACUCUGCCGGCGGGAGCGGAGCUGGGCUGGAAUUGGGCACUUCAUGGCCUGGGCUCCCUUCUGUUGCCAGCGUGGUGUUUGUGAGAUCCUUUCCUGCUGCCGGGGUGAGUGGCACGUGGCUGUGCUGAUUGCCCUGUGUUCUGUGCUCAUGGCGCAGCUGAACUGCAUUAAAACACUGAUUCGUAAAGCUGCUUGGCCCCCUGGCCUGGUGUCUUGAGUUCCCUGCACCUGCGUUACGGGCGUAUGUCAGGCAGGCCACGGGCCAGAACCUGCCGUCUGGGUAAAUCCGAGACAUGGCACAGCCUGCAGACUGGGGAGUUCCCCUUGUAGCCUAGAAGUUCAGGCAUCCCCUGUAUGAACCCCCCCCCCCCCCCUUCGGCCCCCGGAGAGAACACGGGGCAUUGGCUGGGGAUUUGUGAGCGGGCAUGAGGGAUUAUGGCCUGGGCUGGGGUCCUGAGUGUUAUAAACCUGGAGCAAACCCCACCAGUCUAUGGAUUUCCCUCUGGGUGAGGCAGUGCGAAGUGCUAGGGAAUCAACCCCCUGUGCACUAGCCAAUCAGAUUUGCUCGAAUCACUACCCAGAAUUCCAUUCAUUUGAAUAAAUGUACAUGGUAGGUGGCUUCUUAAGCACGGGGCGUGAAUGUUCCCUUCCCCCAUGUUCAGUCUGCAGCAGCAGCAACUUUCAUUCACUCUCCUCUCAAGGCACCAGUGUGUGAGGCUGGUCGUACCCGGCAGAUGGCAGCUGUAUAACGAAGCCCUGGCCUCAGAGAUACAGCGGGGAUAGAACCCAGGACCUUCCCCUCCCAACACACUUGAGCUAAAGGAGGUUCUCUGUUUGGUAUGAGCCAGCUCCUAUCUUCCCUGGAGCAGCCACUAGAGGGAGACAUCAUCUCACACGCUCAAGUGCACACCUACGUGCACAUG